GUCUCUUUCAAAGAAUGCUUUGACCGGAUCCAUUGCAAGUCCCAUUUCCUAUCUUUCUCAGCUCACUUAUCUGUCUCUUUCAUACAACACUUUGUCGGGCUCCAUUCCCGGUGAAUUAUACGGACUUUCUCGGCUAUCUUAUCUGUCUCUUUCAAACAACAGGUUGACGGGCGCCAUUCCCAGCGACAUAUUCACAUUUUCUCAGCUCGCUUAUCUGUCUCUCUCAAACAACAAUUUGAAGGGCUCCAUUCCUGACAGGAUCUCCGACCUUUCUCAGCUCACUUGGCUGUCUCUUACAAACAACAACUUGACCGGCUCCAUUCCCAACGGCAUCUCUGUGCUCGUGCAGCUUGCUAAUCUGUAUAUAGAAAGGAAUCGCUUGGUUGGAUCUAUUCCAUCCACUCUCAGCCGCUUGAUCAAUUUGGUGAACUUGGAUCUCUCAUCCAAUUCCCUAAGUGGCCCCAUGUUCACCAACUUCGCCUUCCUUGAUGGCCUCACUUACCUAAACCUCUUUGAUAAUAACCUCAGCGGGGAGAUUCCAGCUGAGGUUGGAGGCCUCACAAGAUUGAAGUACUUCAACAUCUCUGGCACCAACCUCACAUGCCCACCUGUCAACUCCACAUGUGGCAUAACACAAUCUGCUACUACACCCUUUUGCCGCAUAUGUGAACCCUUCUGCAAUUCUUGCAGCAACCAAUCUGCAGAAAUCAGCAGCGGCGGCAGCAGCAGCAGCAGCAGCGGCAGCAGCAGCAGCGGUAGCAGCAUCAGCAGCAGCAGCAGCGAAUCUUCGUCAGCAGGCGGUGGGGGUGGAGUGUCAGUGGGAGUCAUCAUUGGCAUUGUUGUUGCCGCUGUGGUGAUUCUUCUGCUUCUUGUCGCCACUCUGGUUUACUUCAGGCACAAGUUACAGCCGAAGCCAAUAGGCCCGACCAGCAGCCUGGCAACCUCGCACUGCACGGAGUUCUCGCUGGCUGAGGUCCUCAAGGCCACUAAUGACUGGUCCCCCGGCAACCAGCUGGGCUCGGAUGCCGAACGCCCUCUGACUCUGAAGCAGCGGCUGGACAUUUUAAUUGGCAUGGCAAGGGGCUUGGAGUACCUCCACAGCUUUGGCAUCGUGCAUCGCGACAUCAAGCCUGCCAACGUCCUCAUCACCGAGAACAUGCAGGCAAGAUUGAGCUCGGAAACCGCCAUUCGCACCUACCGCACCAAUCUCCAAGAGCACCUGCGCCUGCAACUGCGUUACGAGGAUGACAGGCGCAUCUAUGACGACGCCGCUGCCCGCUACAACAAGUACCAGGAGGACCUGGACACCUACACUGCAGAACUUGCAGACUACACCACGAAAAUUACUGCCUGGCGGGUUGCUGAUCGACGUGCGCUUGCCAUUCUUCUCGCCACCAUCCCCUCCUCCCUCAAACGCGAGCUCUCACCUACCUCCUCCCACCUGUGGCGACUGCUGGUCGACCUUUUCGAUCGGCAGGACGUUGCCACUCUUUACGCCCUUAUCCAGGAGUUUGGAACUCUCUCCAUGGAUUCCACUUCUGGCGCAGCUGCUUUCACUCGCCGUGUCUUAGACCUUUCUCGGCGCCUUGCAGCACUCGAUGUGGUGUACCCGGACACCGUCAUCUGCUGCCACCUCCUCGAGGGCCUCACACCUGCCUUCGACGCUCACAAGCUUGCUUACAUGCAGCUUAUCUCCAAGCACCACACCCCUGCCGAAGUCGCUCAGUGGAUUAUCACCACCGAAGCUGAGAUCCUUCGCCACUCUUCCUCCACAGCCGCAGCAGCCCAGUCGCGCAGCAGCCGGGGUGGCCGUGGCGGUGGGCGUGGGGGUGGGCGUGGUGGUGCGCGUGGGGGUGGACGAGGGGGAUCAGUAGGUCGCGGUGGUGCUGGCAGCAGUGGUGCGGGUCGUGGUACGGCAGCUGCCUUUCCUCCCUGUCAGUAUCUGCCUCGCUACGGUCCCACUCAGGGACAGCGCUGCGGCCAAACUACCCAUGCCACUGAGACGUGCUUCAAGGCACUCAGUGAUGAGUGGUUUGCCCGUGGCAACACCGGCACCCCUCCUCGCUGGUCCGCCCUCAACCCUCGCCCCACUCCCCUUGAGGCAAAAAUUGCAGACUUUGGGCUGGUGAGGCUGGGGGAGGGCACGAGUGUGGGUACGACACGCAUCAUGGGCACACCGGGCUAUGUGGAUCCGGCCUACUCCCGCACGUCCAAGGCCACGACCGCCAGUGAUGUGUACAGCUUUGGAAUGCUCAUGUUGGUCAUCCUCACAGGACGCCCACCAUUCUUAGGGACUGAUGGAGACGGUCAGCAGAUCACUACAUGGGCGUUUGAGCGCAUGUCCUCGGGGGACAUGGGAAGCCUCAAGGAUCCCACCAUGGACGCCCCUACAGAUGCUGUGCUGUGUGUGGCUCAGCUCGCUCUCUCCUGCACCGUGGAGCGCACUGCAGCCCGCCCGAGCAUGGCACACGUCGCCAACGAGCUGCAGGUCAUCAGGGAGGAAUGGGUGGGGAAAGAGGAGCUGAGCGCGGCUGUGAAGGUGGAUUCACGAGUGCAGGAGAUGAAGGAGGUCAAAGCCAGCGUGCUAAGCCUCGACACAGAGCUUCGCAUUAUUGAAGACAACUUGGCGGAAGGAUAG